UGCACGUUAACAAUAGCGCCACCAAAGACCGCACAAAUGUACGAUUUCUCUACCUUUCUGUGUCUCUUGCUUUUAUUCUCAUUUCCAUGUCUAUAUAUGCGUGUGGUGUGUGUGGGUUAGUAAGCCCGAGGGGUAUUCUUUGAGAAAUGGGAAUAGCUAGGAAAUGUUCAUAUUGUGGUAACUUGGGUCACAAUGCAAGGACUUGUAAAAGUCUCAGUCACAGACAACUAAAGCUCUUCGGAGUGCAACUUGAUGUUUAUUCUUCUUCAUCAUUACCUUCGUAUUCUGCCACCCAAACAAGUUUCAGCACCAACUACUUGUUCUCUUCGCCUGUAUCCUCCUCCUUUUCCUCGCCUUCCCUGCCUCCUGCAAAUGAUAAUUCAGAUAGUUACUUCCUAGACACAAAAAAAGGUGUGUCGUGGACAGAGGAGGAACAUCAAAUAUUUCUUGCAGGGCUUGAGAAGUUGGGGAAGGGAAACUUGAGAGGCAUGUCUAGAAGCUUUGUCACAACAAGAACGUCUACCCAAGUUGAUAGGCACGCACAAAAGUAUUUUCUCCGUCAAUCAAACAAUACACUCAAUAGAACAAAACACCGUUCCACCCUAUUUCAUGGGCUCUCUCAGGGGCUCUCGCAUCCUCAUUCAGUGCUGAAUUGGCCUAUCACUUCAAAUGAUUGUACGUUCCAGAGCGUGUUCCUGGAUUUAGAACUCAAACUUGCAACUCCCAAGCCAUUGGAGCUGCCUUUUUAAGUUAUCCACUAGUAUGUGAUAUUUGAAGUAAUUUUCUUAAGAUAUGGUUAAAUUUCUAAA